UGCCCUUCCUUCUUUGGAGGACAGAUGGCUGUGUGCUGGUGGUUCUGCGGGCCGCCCUGCGCAGUCAGAAGUAGUACGUUCCUUCGUCUCUUGGAGGAAAUUAAAAAGUGUGUCGAUUGGCCAUAGCCAUGUGCUUCAGGGAUGUAUGGUCAGUGCUAGGUGAGGCAUGGCUGCUCAGGGCUCUCCUGGAAACAGCUGGGCUGAAGAGAACGUUGCUCUGAAAAAUGUCACCAGACACAAAACUCGCAGGCCAUCUGUAGAGAAGAGGAAAAAAUGAAAUACCUAUUCUUAAUAUUUUUCAUGAACUUAUUGCCACAAUAUGCUGGCAAGUCUUUGAGCAGAGGUGGCAACUACCCAAAAACAUUUGAAGACAUUAGAAGUGAAAUAGCUGGCUAUUACGAUAUUGCUAAAGCUAUAAUUGACCUUGCUGUUUACGGAAAAGCUCAGAACAGAUCUUAUGAAAGAUUGGCUGUUUUUGUUGAUACCAUAGGACCUAGACUAAGUGGUUCAAAAAAUCUAGAUGCAGCCAUCAAGUAUAUGUACAGUGCCCUGCAGAAAGACGGGCUGGAGAAUGUGCACCUGGAGCCUGUGAAAGUACCUCACUGGGAAAGAGGAGAAGAGUUUGCCAUGAUGCUGGAACCAAGGAAUCACAGCAUUGCUAUUUUGGGACUUGGGAGCAGUGUUGCAACUCCUCCGGAAGGAAUUACAGCGGAAGUCCUAGUGGUAGCCUCUUUUGAUGAACUGCACAGAAGAGCUCAAGAGGCCAAGGGGAAGAUCGUUGUCUACAACCAACCUUUCAUCAGUUAUGGUGAAACUGUGCGGUACAGAUCACUGGGAGCAGUGGAAGCUGCUAAGGUUGGAGCAGUGGCAUCCCUCAUUAGAUCCAUUGCUUCUUUUUCUAUUGAUAGCCCACAUACUGGCUGGCAGAACUACCAGUCUGGUAUACCUCAGAUUCCCACUGCUUGCAUCUCUGUGGAAGAUGCUGAAAUGAUGUCACGGAUGUCUUUCCGAGGCACUAAGAUCGUUGUGUACCUGAAGAUGGGAGCCAGGACCUACCCAGACUCUGCUUCUUUUAACACGGUGGCAGAAAUAGUUGGAAGCAAGUACCCAGAGCAGAUUGUGUUGGUCAGUGGACAUCUGGACAGCUGGGAUGUUGGGCAGGGAGCUAUGGAUGACGGUGGCGGAGCAUUUAUAUCAUGGGAAGCAUUAUCACUCAUUAAGGAUCUGGGACUUCGUCCAAAAAGAACUGUGCGCUUGGUGCUAUGGACAGGAGAAGAACAAGGAGGAAUAGGUGCUGAGCAAUACUACCAGUUGCAUAAGGAAAACAUCUCUAACUUUGAUAUCGUCAUGGAGUCUGAUGAGGGCACCUUCAAGCCAUCUGGGCUGGCUUUUACUGGUAAUGCCAAAGCUCGUGACAUCGUGAAAGAGAUCAUGGCUCUGCUACUGCCUAUCAACGUUACAGAAGUUUAUGACACUGCAGAUGGAACAGACAUCAAUUUCUGGAUGAGGGACGGAGUGCCCGGUGCCAGCUUGCGUGAUGACCUCAGUAAAUACUUCUGGUUUCAUCAUUCUCAAGGGGACACGAUGACAGUUCAGGAUCCAAACCAGAUGAAUCUCUGUGCUGCUGUUUGGGCUGUUGUCUCCUAUAUAAUUGCUGACAUGGAAGAGAUGCUGCCAAGAUAAUAAAGAGUCAAGAGAGAAGAUUUCUGUUCAUCAGUGAAGACUGUGAGUCCCCAUGUAGACACGUGGUCUACAGCUGUGGGAAAUUCCUUUUUUCACCCUGAUUUUGCACAUUAUUUUGUCUGUUUUCUCCAAAGCGUAUACUCUCUUACACACUCCUGGUUCUUUUUGCUGUUUUAACGUUUUCCAUUUAUGAUUAUCACAGUUUCCUGAAUACUUCUAAAAUUUCUGAUGAAAGUAUGGUAUCUCUUUGGUAUGAUGAAGUAAUCAUUUGUAUGCAAACUGAUCAUUUGCAGCAGAAAAAAUACAACAAAAUAAAUUUGUCGCAUCAGAAUAAUCAUUGUGUUAGUACAUAUUUAUGGUUUUAUUUUCUGUCUUUCAGCCUGUGUAUUCAAAUGAUGUGCAAUUAAUCUUUUCUUCUUUCACUUUUAAGGUAAUAAUGUGCUUUUUGGUCGCAGAACAAAUUUAUCUCAGCUGUUUUAAUGGUAAUGUAUGGCAGAAUGGUCAAAUCGGUAAAAUAGCAUGGCUUUUAAUAGUUCACUCAGUUCCUGCUUUUAAAUCUUAUUAGAAGUUACUUCAUGAAAGACUCAGAUAAACCAGGAUAGAGGAUAGGAAGUCGGUAACAGGAUGUCCAGAUCUCUAGACAGCAGCAGCUCCCAUGUGUCUUUGGUCACCUCCCCAUAGAAAUCUGUGCCUUGUUCUCUUCUUUCUGAUGGAAAACUCCCCACAGUGAUACGCAGAGAAUUGCAUGUGGCAAUUUUUCUCUGAAACUGAUGAUAUUCCAGAAAAAGCCAUCCAAGUUGUGAUUGUGACCUUCACUACCUGCCAGCUGAUGUCCAAACGAAGCGUAAAAGUAGAUUUUGAUUCCUGCUGUUGGAGACAUUCUCAGAGCAGCCCUCUUUGCUGGGGUCCCGUGCUGUGCUGGAACAAAGGCAAGAGGACCCUGGUACCUCUUUCAAGGAAGAAUUAAUGUGAGAAUUUAAUUCUUGCUUUUGGUUGGUUGUUGUUGUUUUGUUUUCCUGCUGAAAGAUUAUGCGUAUUCAAACUUUGAGAGGUGUCAAGAGAUAAGAUGUGACUGCUGUUGGGAAAUGUUGUGGGGCAUUUAUUUCUUCUCAUUUCUGUGUGACAUGGUGAUUUCUUCUCCUUUUAAGUUUUGCAACAGGCAGCCUUACUGAUGUGACCAAGUGUUGCAGUCUAAUCAACGCAAAACAACUAAUGUAACAGAGUGUUAAACUGAGUGGCAGCCCAUCUCUGGUGCUGUUUAUGAGUUCAGUAGUUGAGCAAUAGCUUAGUGAUGAGCCACUCAUUUUUAUGGAAUUAAUAACUGUGAUACCUGGUUACCACGAUAAACCCCCUAAUAGUGGCUUUACAUCAACUGAAUUAAAUAUUUCAAUUUUCCUUCCAAAUCAUUUCAGGAACAUAAGGGGUGCCUAGAGAUAUCCUGCUAUUUUUUUUUUUUUUUUUUUUUAAGAAAUAUUAUUUAAAGAAAGAUAGCAGAAAUUUCCUCUGCUUUCAAGGCGUGACAAGUGUUUGUUUUUUCUUACUUACAUGACAAAAGUGUAGCUAGUGGUGCGUAUCAUUGAUGGACCCUCAGCUGCCUCUGAAUGCAGCCUUUUGACCUUCACAGAUAUUACUGGAUGCCUCUUCAUUUUUGUUCUAAAUCCUUUUUCCUUGAGGUAUGGUGCUCUGCACAUCAGAGGUUCAGGAGAGUUUUCAGUGAAAUUAUAUUUGUUGUUACAAGUCUUCACAUGUGCUCACCUCAAAACAGGCUUUAUUUGUGUGUUUUUUUCCUCUAUAGGUGAAUUGGACAGUGGGUGGGUUGAGAAUUGGCUGACCAGCAGAGCACAGAGGGUCAUUGUUGGUGGUGCAGAGUCCGGUUGGAGGCCUGUAACUAGCGGUGUUCCUCAGGGGUCUGUGCUGGGUCCAGUCUUGUUCAACAUCUUCAUCAAUGACCUUGAUGAGGGGAUAAUGGCCACCCUCAGCAAGUUUGCUGAUGAUACGAAGUUGGGAGGAUUGGCUGACAUGCCUGAAGGCUGUGCUGCCAUUCAGCAAGACCUGGACAGGCUGGAGAGCUGGACAAAAAAAAACUGGAUGAGGUUUAACAAAAGCAAGUGUAGAGUCUUGUAUCUGGGGAGGAAUAAUUUCAUGCACCAGUACAGGUUGGGGGAUGAGCUGCUGGAGGGGAGCUCUGCAGAAAGGGACCUGGGUGUCCUGGUGGACGACAGGUUGGCCAUGAGCCAGCAGUGUGCCCUUGUGGCCAAGAGGGCCAAUGGCAUCCUGGGGUGCAUUGAAAAGAGCGUGGCCAGCAGGUCGAGGGAGGUGAUCCUCCCCCUCUACUCUGCCCUGGUAAGACCUCAUCUGGAGCACUGCGUCCAGUUCUGGGCUCCCCAGUACAAAAAAGACAGGGAUCUCUUGGAAAGAGUCCAGUGGAGGGCCACAAAGAUGGUGAAGGGCCUGGAGCAUCUCUGCUAUGGAGAAAGGCUGAGUGAACUGGGUCUGUUCAGCCUUGAGAAAAGAAGACUGAGAGGGGACCUGAUCCAGGUCUAUAAAUAUCUAAGGUGUGGGGGGCAGAAUGGCGAGGCCGGACUCUUUUCAGUGGUGAGUGGAGACAGGACAAGGGGAAACGGCCAGAAACUGCAGCAUAGGAAGUUCUGCACAAACGUGCACAAGAACUUCUUUACAGUGAGGUAACGGAGCACUGGAACAGGCUGCCCAGGGAGGUGGUGGAGUCUCCUUCUCUGGAGAUGUUCAAGACCUGCCUGGAUGCCUACCUGUGCGACCUACUGUAGGGAACCUGCUUUGGCAGGGGGGUUGGACUCAAUGAUCUCUGGAGGUCCCUUCCAACCCCUACAAUUCUGUGAUUAAAUUCUUAAAUGCCUCAAGUCAGAUCUUUUGAUGUCUUUGGAGUCAGGAAUGCUCUCUGGAGAAGAGAACAAUGCUGCCGUAUGUGCGUUGACUCCACAGUACAUCCCAAGAUGAGCUUGUUGGCUCGUCGAUUAAAUAAGCCUUAAAAACUAGGGUCACCAUGCUCCUGAUGAAAAUUGAACCUUCAUAGUAACUUUGGAUGCAUAGAAGACCUGCAGAGCAGAUGUAAAUUCAAAAUCACAAUCUUUUUGUUAUGUUAACAGUAAAAUUAAAACUUAUGUUUCUUCAAUUGAAAACCAAUCUUUUUUUUUUUCCCUAAAAAGCAGGGUUUUAUUAAAAUAAUAAUCGUUUUGAUUAUGAUCUUUUUGAUCUUUUUGACUCACCUGUUCUAUUUGGUCUGACUUGUAACGGUUCUCAGAUCUUAAGUUUCACAUGCUCGCAUUAUUCUCCUGAUGUCCUUUCUCGUUGAGAUGUACCUCUCAAAAAUUUCCAUAACGGAGAGAUGGUAAUGAAUUUCUUUCCCUGUGGGCUUUUGUACUCGCUGUGCAACAGCUCAUCUUAAUCCGCACUCAGUGUAGCAAUUAUGCUUUUGCAAUAGCUGGCAAUUAAACAUAUAUAGCAUAGUCAAUUUUUGGUUCAUGAACACUUCUUAAGUGAUCCAGGUAUAGCAACAUAACUUUACUUUCUACUUGUAUACCACUACAACACUGUUGUCUUACCUUAGCUGAGGAAGUAGAAGCUGAAGAUGUUAUUUCUAUUACAAUUAUUGUCAGCAUCAGCUGUCAUAAAUAUGUGCUUUCAGUAAGUAUUUUGAUGACAUUCUAAGAUACAGAGACCACGUGUAUGCUUCCCUCUGAUAAAAUAAAAUACUGUCAGCUUUGGACUAGAUUGGUUUUUUGCCUGAAAAGGUCUGUGAGCUUAGAGCUGAAGAAAAGAGCAGUAGUAUUUAAAUACGUGUCAAAAAAUUUCAAUUUCAAAUAAAUAUUUUCCUGAAGGUAUUACAAAUCUCUCACAUCCGAUGAGAAGGGAGGCCCCUGGGCAGCCUUCCUGUUUGCUACAACACAAAGCUUUCAGACAUAGUUACGGAGGGACGAGUCAGAUACGUAAUUCGUUUAGCCGACUAGAUGAUAGCACAAGUGCUGAUGAAAAAUCUCUUUUCAAUUCUACACAAUGUAACAUAGGUAAUUUUGCCAGUAAUAAAAGGAAAAAUACGGGAUCAGAAAGCAAGUUGCUGUUUUUGUUCUUCGUAUGUCAAAGCAUUAUUGGAAUUUCAAUCCCACAAGAUUUUUACCUCCUCUAAAAUAAUUAAAAGCAAAGAGAGCUAUUUCUUGGUACAAGGAAACAGCUUCUUCUGCUGUUACGCUGCAAACAUUUCUGGCUGUAUAUUUAGUUAGUAUGCUCCCCCCAUAACAAUUUGAGACUCUUUCAUUUGCCAUGAGUAAAUAUCAAACCAAUCUUGAUAUCUAUAUCUGUCUCAUGAAAUAUACAUAUCAUCUAAAUGUGCCCAAAUGAUUAAUUUACUGCUGCGUAAUGAUUAGCAUAAAAAUCUCAUCAUUGCACAGGAUAGAAAUGUUACCACUAAUUGCUGGUUGAAGUGAACAAUGUUUUCUGCAUAGAAAUUAAUGAUGCGUGCAUCACGGCUCACUCUUGAAUGGGAAAAUUCAAGACUUUCUGGAAGAAAAACUUCUUGAUUUUUUUUGUUCUCUUUUCUGCCAAAUAUGGGAGCCUGAUCACGUAUUAUAGAAUCAUAGAAUUGUUUGAGUUGGAAGAGAGCUUGAAAGGUCAUCUGGUCCAUAUGCCCUGCAGGGAUGUCUACAGCUACAUCUAGUGCUCAGAGCCCUGUCCAGCCUCACCUUGAAUGUCUCUAAGGAAAAGGCAUCCACCAAAUGUGUUCACCAUGUGUGUAAUGGAAAAAAGUAAUAUUUUGUCCAUAGUUACUUCUGGAAGCUCCAAACCAUUUGCAUGAAGAUUUGACCAGCUAUGGAGCAGUGACUUGUAGUUACAGUUGUUUCAUAAAUAUGUUGUACAAGCACCUGGUGGAAGAGCUCUGAUAUCUCUCUUCUUAUUGAUCAUCUUGGCACAUGGAAGAGGGACCUUCAUGACAACUUUAUAUUCUGCGCUGUCUUUGGCUUGUAGUUUGGUUUCACUUUGAACAGGCCAGCCUUCUUUAGUUUAUGUUAUAUUUUGAUUUUUCCAAGUCUUUUUGGUGUUCCAUUCUGUCUUCCUCAGUGUCUGUACGGUUAUAUGGGUAUUAGAAAAGAUUGCCUGACUUCCAGAGUCUGCAUUUUUUGUGCCUUGGGCCUCAGAAACUGCAAAAUGCAAUUGAGAUGACUCUGAAGAGCACAAGGGUAAGAGCUCCAUCAGGGCCUCCACUUGCUGAUGUCUUUGGCCUGUGUUAUUGGCAGGCAGAGCUUUGUGAUAAGUGAAGUGAAUCUUCAUCACCACAGAACAUUUUCUAAAGGUGAAAGACAGGGUAUGGAAUCUAAAGAGGGCAACUCCAGAGGAUAGACAGCAAAGAGCAAGGCAACACAGAGGCCAGGACAGUGGCUUCAAGUACUGUCUUUUCAGCAGCUUUGCAGGGUGAGUUGAGGAGCAUUACUUGAAUCUACCUCAGAUUCACUAAUAAAUAGUGGCAGUGAUGUUUAUCCUACACUCUCAUGCUUGAUGUAGCAUGAUGUAACAACACAGCAUUAAAAUUCAUAAUGCAUGUAAAAUGUAAGUUAAUAGCAGAGUUGAGGUCCCAUUGGAGGACAAGAACAAGACAUUAAAGAUGAUUAGCCACUUCAGAAUUCAUCUUAGUUUAGUAGUUACUAUUUGCAUUUACAUUACUUGCAUUAUUUGCAUUUGCAUUACUACCUGCAUUUGCUAUUUAUCAUGACAAACAAUAAGAAACAUUUCUCCUCCUGAUAAUGCUGCUUUGAAGUAGAAAUUGGUCAUUAGGCAUAUCUGUUUUAAAGUAAUGCUGCUUUGAAUCCAAGGAGGAUGUGGGGCAGUUGUGCAUGGUGCUUUUUAUGUAUUUAAUUUCCCAGCUCUGCCCUGUGACGUCGCAGAUACUCUUUCACAAAGUCACCACAGCCUACAGGUGAUUUUUCACUAUUAUUGUGGGAAGUCUUUUCUAAUGGGCAGAGAAGGGAAGUCAAGUGGUUUUCCAAAAGCCACACAACCAGACAGUCCUAAAUCUAAUUUCGGUCACAGAAGUUCCAGUCUUUGCCAGACUGUGCAGCCUAUUAAUGAGAUGUGACUUUCUUUUUAUCUUAUGAUCCUUUUGAAGCUCAAGUGUAAUAUUUUGCACAAGAGUGACAUUUUCGAGUCUGGACUGCAAAUUCAAGAGAGAGAAAUGAGAAAAUUACUGUAUUUUUUCCCAUCAGCUAACAAAGUUACUGACUAGCUGGCUGAGGUGGUUGCCGAGCCGCUCUCCAUCAUAUUUGAGAAGUCGUGGCUGUCAGGUGAGGUCCCGGACGACUGGAGGAAGGGUCACGUCACUCCCAUAUACAAGAAGGGGAGCAGGGAGGACCCGGGGAACUACAGGCCGGUGAGUCUCACCUCCGUGCCUGGGAAGAUCAUGGAACAGAUCCUCCUGGACAACAUGCUCGGUCACAUAAAGAAUGAGCAUGUGAUCCGAGACAGCCAGCACGGCUUCACCAAAGGAAGGUCAUGCCUAACUAAUCUUGUGGCCUUCUAUGAAGGAGUGACGGCAUUGGUGGACGAAGGGAAGGUGACUGAUGUCAUUUACCUGGACCUGAGCAAGGCCUUUGACAUGGUCCCCCACCACAUCCUCAUCUCCAAAUUGGAGGGAAGUGGAUUUGAUGGGUGGACGACCCGAUGGAUAAGCAAUUGGUUGAAAGGCCGCAGACAGAGGGUGGUGGUCAAUGGCUCUAUGUCCAGGUGGAGGCUGGUAACAAGUGGUGUCCCCCAAGGGUCUGUCUUGGGACCGGUGCUCUUUAACAUCUUUAUUAAUGACAUCGAUGAGGGAAUUGAGUGCACCCUCAGCAAGUUUGCUGACGACACCAAGCUGAGUGGUGCGGUUGAUACGGUGGAAGGAAGGGAUGCCAUUCAGAGGGACCUCGACAGGCUGGAGGGCUGGGCUCGGGUGAACCUGAUGAGGUUCAACACGGCAAAGUGCAGGGUUUUGCAUUUGGGCCGGAAGAACCCCAGGCACCUGUACAGGCUGGGAGGAGUGGUCCUUGAGAGCAGCUCGGCAGAGAAGGACCUGGGGGUCCUGAUGGACGAGAGACUGAAUAUGAGCCAGCAGUGCGCUCUGGCAGCUCGAAAGGCAAAUGGGAUCCUGGGCUCCAUCAGGAGAGGGGUGGCCAGCAGGGACAGGGAGGUGAUUGUCCCUCUCUACACGGCUCUUGUGAGGCCCCAUCUGGAGUACUGUGUCCAGGUGUGGAGCCCUCAGUACAAGAAAGACAUAGAGAUUUUGGAAAGGGUCCAGAGGAGGGCGACUAAGAUGAUCAGGGGGCUGGAGCACCUCCCCUAUGAGGACAGGCUGAGGGAGUUGGGCUUGUUCAGCCUGGAGAAGAGAAGGCUGCGGGGUGACCUCAUUGCAGCCUAUCAAUACCUGAAGGGAACCUACACCCAGGAGGGGAGUAAACUCUUCAAAAGGGCUGACGACAGCAGGACUAGGGGAAAUGGUUUUAAGUUGAAGGAGGGAAGAUUUAGGUUGGAUGUUAGGGGGAAGUUCUUUACUAGGAGAGUGGUUAGGCCCUGGAACGGGCUGCCCAGGGAGGUUGUGGAUGCCCCGUCCUUGGACGUGUUUAAGGCCAGGUUGGACGGGGUCCUGGGCAACCUGAUCUGAAUGUGUAUGUUUGGUGGCCCUGCUAGGCAGGGGGGUUGGAACUACAUGAUCCUUGGGGUCCCUUCCAACCUGGGUGAUUCUGUGAUUCUGUGUGAUUCUGUGACUUCUGGAAAGAAGGCAUGGAGAUCUAAACUCUUUUUAUGAAUCUUAAAACAUAUUCAAAAAUACCUACACCAGUUUCCAUCUUUAUGCAUAACACAGAAAAGCUUUCUUAUCCUGAAGAUUACAUCUUCAUUUCUACUUGUUUUCAAAGUAUGUACUUCACCUGCAGAAUUUGCCAAAAAAUAUCUGGAUUUACAGAGUGACAACUUUAUUCUUUAGUCUUAGUGGGAACUGAGAUAAAAAUGCCUGCGUGCAUCUUGAUCAAAUCCUGUGCGUGCACUGAAUAUCUGAGAGUCUUGGAAACUGUGAUUUCUCUGAGGUUCUUUGUGGCUUUCAUUAUAAUUUUUGAAAUAUUUGCACUUUACUUUUCUGCAUUCAAUAUGUUGCUAACCCUAAAUCAUCUAUACCCCUGCUUUUUCUGGGGAUAUUGCAUCAGUGAUACAGCUGCAGAGAUUUCAUACCUUAUUGCCUAUACUUAAAAGCAGCUUUCUCAGUUCUUUUACAAGUCAUCUUGUUUUUUUUGGUUUUUUUUUUUUUUU